AUGGACGAUGUAUCGGAACAAGAGAACGAUGAAAGAAACGAUGAAUCACUAACCAACAAUGAUAAUAUGGACCAAGACAACACAUCAGCGGUAAAUAAAAGGACAUUGAACGACAGCGACGAUUUUAUCUCAGUGGGGUCAAAUAGAGUAAGAAAAAAUGUUCACGUUGUAGGAAGCACUCAGGUGACUAAGAACCAACGAAACACAACAAAUAACGAAUCUAAUUACACAAUCCCAUUAGAUCAUCUCCAACGAGCUGUAAUUCAUAAUCUUCCAUGUUUCGUUAUCAGCUUCCGGGAGCUUGAUAAAUUACUAUCAGCAGUAAUCGUAUCGGAGGAUCUGCACGAGCAUUUCGACAAACACAAAGUACAAAUCAUUAACGGCUUCUCAGUAGUUCGUUACAUAGGGAACCAAUUGAAAAUUGGGGUGAAAAAUCAAGACGAUUAUCAAACUCUAUGUGACUACAAGGUGUGGCCAGUAGAAAUCCAAGGGGAUCUAAUAACAGUAACGAUACCGAAAUUUAUACCUGAGCAGUUUUCCUUAGUUGUACGUUUCAUUCCACUUGAAAUUACAACGGAACGAGUAGCCGAAGAAAUAAAAAGAUCUGCCAGCACGGCAAAUAACUUCAGGGCAGUUGUCUACCCAUACUACAAAAAAGACGUAUGCCGAAAGCAGGAGAUUAGUGAAGUAUUCGUGUAUAAUGAACAAACAGCGUUCGUUACUUUCUCUGUGCUGGUUACAGCUGUGAAAGAAGAAGGAAAGGGUAAAGACUGACUAAAAAUAAAACGGACAUUGAUUAUGCACCACUCGUGAGGUUUCAUUGUUGUAUUGCGUGAUCUAGUUUAUGAGACGUAUUGAUCGCAUAAAACAUUACUCAUUGGAUUUUGAUUGUGACAGAGAAAAUUAUUAUAUUGCGCCUACAAUUGAGAAGUUAUUUGCAUUAUGGAAGUUACUUCGUCUUGUGAACUAACGAGGGAAGCUCCCGAGGUGUCUAACGAGUUUAAAGUCCACCUUUUGGCCAUAAGUAGAUCUCAAUGUGGUAUGAAAAACUCCAAAAUGAUAAGAGCCCUUAGGCCUUCCUUCCAUAGUUAUAGCUUUUUUAGUAGAAUUUCAGCUUGUAGCUCGGUAUGCACCAACAAAUCGAAUGACAUUAUUUCGAGCUGAAAUUUAGCCCACAGAUAGCCAUACUAUGACUAGAAUGCACUGAAAAUUUCAUCUCAAAAGAAUGUUCUUUUCACGAGACAUUGAUUUCUCAAAACUAACUCGUA